UCCUGCUGGGUCAUUGGCCUGCUCUGGCUUUGACAUCUGAAUUUCAGUCUGACAUUCAGUCAGAGCCAGCCAGGCCAGUCUUCCAUUCGUGUGUUUAUCGUAAAUUAAAUUUGUAGUAUAUUUCCCUUGCAUUAUUUAUCGCCAAUUCGUAAUUACUAAAUAACUCCAGGUAGGCAGUUAGAAACAUGCAUUUGUACUUUAAAUGUGGGGGGUUUCCCCAUCGUCAAAAAUUUAAUUUCGUAGUUUUGUCAAAAUAUUCCAAAAAUGUCAAUCAUCUACACUUAAUACUUUAUUGCACUACUUGAAAUUGAUUAUUUAAGAUUUUGAUUUUCUGAAAAACUGUCAAAUUGUUUUCGUUAAUGUAAACUGACUGAUUUUACUUUUAGCUAUAAAGUUGAAUGAAUUUUUAUUAUUAUUUUUUCUUCAAUUUUGUUCAGAAUGCAUCAGGAGCUGGACGUAGACAAAGGGAUGUUGGGAGCCUUCAAGGAAAGGUAUGCCGUCUAUGAAGAAGAAGAGACUAUUCCGCGGACAUUUUUGGUACGAGAAGAUGAAGACAAGGUCAAAAAUAUUGAAGACUUGGCCGGUUUGGCUCAAAAAGAAGCCCUCUGGUUAGGAACUCUGGAUAUUAAGAAACCUGAAAAUGAAUUCAGUAUGAAACCUACCCCAACUCCUCCAGACACGAGUCGUGAACCAUUUCAUGUGGCAGCCAAGAACUAUCCAAUUCCCGAACCUCCAAAGGUAGGUCGGUAUGCUUGGCACAGCGUCGUUGGAAAAAAUGAGCUUCGAUUACAUCCAGAUUACACUCGAAAAACUCCACAAGCGGAAAUUGAUCGAGAUGAAGCAGAAAAGACGAGAAACAGACUUGUGAAGGAGUUGAACGAAAAUCAAAAGUUGACAAAACUACGUGUCGUAAGUAAUCAAUCCGACGUUCAAGAUCUUGUCACAAUUGACAAAGACUGCAAAAUGGGGGAAGAGAAAAUGGAAACGUGGAGAAGACGGUAUGUUUGUUUGGACAAUAAGAAGUACAAAUUAAGGAUGCAAUUGGAGCAAAUGGCAAAGGAGGACAACGAGUAUAUCAAAAUGCCCACAAUGCAACGAGAUGAAAAUCGUUUACUGCGACAAAAAGUAUACGAUCUUGAAGUUGGUCUGGUCAGACGAAAAGACGAUUUUCGAAAACUACGUAUCCGUCCCAUGGAAGACGAAGGAGUAUGCGUCGUUGAGAUGCGCCGCCUGGCCUCCGUCAAUAACAAAUUGGAUCGAAAAAUCCAGGACUUGUCCAAGGAACGGGACAAACUUCAGGAAAUUCUCGAACCCGUUUCUGAGAAACUUGGCACUGAAUUAACUGAAUUGAUUAAAACAAACGGAUUGCUUUUCUCAGGGGCCACCAACUCUGGGAAUACUAAAGGAUAUGAUCAAAACAACAAUGUCAUUCAAUCUUGCAACAUCUAUGGAGAGGAAGAAAGCGCCAGCAGCAGUGACGAAGGUGGCGAAGGAGUUGACCCCAUGAAAUCUACCCACAUGGCAAUUGAAAGGUCUCGCAUUCGUAGAAAACAAAUUGAGGAAACUGUAAACACCUUGGAGGAAAAGUUGGGUGCGGAUUUCAAAUUUCAAAACUUGCGUGAUCUUCCUUCGUCCGUAGAUAACAAUGGAAACUGUUCAAGUGCAGCUCGUGCCUCUACUGGCUCUACUCCAAAAACAAGCAUACUAACCCCCAUCAAAGCGGCCAGAUCGCGGAAAUCCUUGGCGUUGAACAUCAUUCCCAGCAAGAAUCCUGAACAGUGCUUGUCAAGCGGGGAUAAUAAAGCCGUCCCUGUUGUCGCUGAAUCGUCAUCAUCAAUGGGCAUGGCUUACAAUUGCUAUCCAUUCUCAAACCAAGAAAAUCAUCCAAGAAAACGUGCCCCUACUACACGCUCUAGUCGUCGCAGCAUCUAAUGUAUAUUUCUGGCCACCUUCAUUACCAUUAUUAAUCUCGUGUCUUACUAUAAAUAAUGCUUGAAACUAAACUAUGCAUAUAUGUAAAUGUAAAUUCUAAACUUUUAAUAUAUACGGUCUGGUCUGAAAUUAAAGUAUAAUGGAUAUAACAAAAUCAGAA